AUCCAUUCUCAAACCACAUACAAUGGUUUCAAUACUGGAAAAUAAUAACUCUUAUCUAUAUUUUCACGCAAUCAACGACCCUUCUGCAUGCUACCCUCUCAAACAAAACAACUACUGAAUCACAAUUCACACUUCAAAUAAUUCCAAAAAUUAAAUUAAAUAUAUAAUUCAACCAGAGUACUAUUCCAAAUAAGAAAAUAAUAAUAAUAAAAGAAGAAAAAAGAACGAAACAUGUUGGUGAGUGGUGGAGGUGGUGGAGAAUCCAGUGUUGAUGCUGCUCCUCCUGAGGGGGAGCUACCAGAAGAGCUUGUGCGAGUUCUGCCGUUGGAUCCAUUCGAGCAGCUCGAUUUGGCCCGCAAGAUCACCUCCAUUGCUCUCUCCACGCGCGUCCACGCGCUACAGUCGGAGUCCUCCAACCUACGCGCCGAGCUCGCCGAGAGAGAUACCCUCAUCGCUCAAUUGCAGUCUCAGGUGGACUCACUCAACGAAGCCGCCGAUAAGCUGGCACACGCCGAACAAGACAAGGAGAGGUUGGUGAAAGAGAAUGCUUCACUUUCCAACACUGUGAGGAAGCUGAGCAGAGAUGUCUCCAAGUUGGAAGUUUUCAGAAGACGACUCAUGCAAUCCCUUCAAGAGGAUGAAGAAAAUUCUGGAGAAGGAGGUGCAGACAUGGUUGGCAAAUUACAAAGCCAAGCAAGUAUGACUUCCACGACACAACCUGGAGAUGAUGAUAGUUCAUCGAUGGGACCUUCAAGAACAUCUUCAAUGAGAGUUGCAGAGGAUGGCGUGUUAAUAUUAGGAUCUGAAGCGAACACACCACGCAUAAGUCCGCCAGGUUCACCAAGUGCAAGAAGAACAUCCUCAAAACCUGUGUCUCCGAGCAGCAGGCGCCAAGCCAUAUCGUUCUCCACCUCACAACAAACAGGGAGAACAAGGGUGGAUGGAAAGGAGUUCUUUCGCCAAGUCAGGAGCCGUUUGUCUUAUGAGCAAUUUGGUGCAUUUUUAUCAAAUGUUAAGGAACUCAAUUCUCAUAAACAAACCAAAGAGGAGACAUUGCAGAAAGCUGAUGAGAUAUUUGGGCCUCAAAACAAGGACCUGUAUGCUAUCUUCGAGGGCUUGAUCUCUCGCAAUGUCCAUUAACAUAUUAUUCUUCUUUAAUUUCACAUUUUGUCCUUGUAAAUUACAUUAUUAUUUUUCAAUAAUAAAUUCAAAUCUCCUCUA